AUGGGAUGCAAAACACAUCGUGAAAUUUAACAGGACAUGAUUUUUAACUAAGUAUCUUCUUAAAAAUUGCUAGUUAGCAACUCUAUAAAAAUCAAAACUUCAUGUAGUCAUCUUGUGGCGCAUAUAACUUAGACAAUUGUGUGCACAAUGGGACCUUUGAAAUAAGCAUUGAUUUUCUACAACAUAGAAAGUAACCUAAUGCCUCGUGUACCACGCCAGUUGCCAUUCGUAAAGAUUUCCUGGCUAGUUUUAAUCUUUUUGUGUUUUGAAGCAGUGAAUGAAAAUAUUUUUGUGCAAACUUAAUAUAAAAUUUUUCUUUCCUCUACAGCAAAAUAUGUUGCAUAUUCUGUACAGUGAAAUGCGGAAUUAGCAGUUACUUUGAAUGAGAUACGCUGUAACUAACAAGUCUAGAAAAAUAAAACCUAACAGUGUCGUAAAGUAGCGUAUAUAAUAUGAUUGCAUGAAAAAAUAAUAAUUAAAGUUUUAUCAGUUAUAAGGUGAGAAAUAAUAUUUACGCAAAUUAUAACGCUUGUUUCUCAUGAUGUAUUCCUGAAAAUCUUGCCAUCCGUAUAUCGCACACCAUGUACGUUUCAUCUACAAUAUGUUUCGCUUUUUCCCUAAUUCUGUGUAUUUGGACAAGAUCACUAAAACUAAUGUGAAGCACCCAACAACUACUUUGCUUAAAACAAAUGUGUGCAAAACAUAAAAGUACAUUAUAAGGUGUGUAGCUACUUGUAUGAUAUCAAAGUAAUCAGCUCAUACACCUCCCAUAUAAGGAAGAAAUUUCAUUUCUUGGACAUAUGUUAAAUGUGAUGUAGAGAAAUAUUUUUUUUUUCUUACGCCUACUGAUCUAAAACGAAAUUCUCACCUACAUAAGGUAGGUAAAAACUCAAAUAGACAAAAGAGCGAAUCGAAUUAAUGUAUGCUUAUUCACAUACGACAGAAACUUCUUGCAUGGGAGAUGUAUAAUAUGGUUACACUAAAGGCUAAGCAGCAUAUGGUUAUUCAUACAGCAGAGAAACCUGUGUGUGAUGAAUAUGAUAAGUCAUUUAAACUAAAAUGUGAUUUAAACAGCAGUGUACGUAUUCACACAGAAGAGAAACCUUAUGUGUGUGAGGUAUGUAACAUGUCAUUUUCUCAAAAGUGUAUUUUAAAUCAUCAUAUGCGUAUUCAUAACCCAAAGAAACUUCAUGUGUGUGACGUAUGUAACAAAUCAUUUAGAAAAAAGUCUCAUUUAAAAAGCCAUAUGCUUAUUCACACAGGAGAGAAACCUUAUGCAUGUGAGCUAUGUAAUAAGACAUUUAGAGAAAGAUCUACUUUAAAAACGCAUCUACUUGUUCAUACGGGAGAGAGACCUCAUAUAUGUGAAGUUUGCAACACCUCAUUUUCUAGAAUACGGGAUUUAAAUCGCCAUAUUCGUAGUCAUACUGGAGAGAAACCUCAUGUGUGUGAAAUAUGUAACAAAUCAUUUAAAUGUAAGUUAAGUUUACAAAAGCAUAUGCUUAUUCACACAGGUGAGAAACCUGGUGUGUAUGAGGUAUGUAAUAACUCAUUUAGAGAAAAGUGUGGUUUAAAAACACAUCUGCUUGUUCACACAGGAGAAAAACUUCAUAUGUGUGAGGUAUGUAACAAAUCAUUUAGAUAUAAGUGUAAUUUAAAUAGCCAUUUUCUUAUUCACAAUGGAGAGAAACCUCAUGUGUGUGAGGUAUGUAACAAAUCAUUUAGAUAUAAGGAUAAUUUAAACAGCCAUCUUCUUAUUCACACUGGAGAGAAACCUCACGAGUGUGAGGUAUGUAAUAAGUCAUUUAGACGCAAAAGUAACUUAAACAGGCAUUUUGGUAUUCACUCAACAGAAAAUCCUGAAGAGAAACCUCAUGAGUGUGAGGUAUGUAAUAAGUCAUUUAGACGCAAAAGUGACUUAAACAGGCAUUUUGGUAUUCACGCAACAGAAAAACCUCAUGUGUGUGACAUAUGUAAUAAGUCAUUUAGUGGAAAGAGUGCUUUAACAAAGCAUAUAUUUAUUCACACAGCAGAGAAACCACAUGUGUGUGAGGUAUGUAAU